UCCACCUUGACCAAAUGGUUAAAUGCCCUUACAAAAGCAGAUGUGUACUAUAGAUCUAUGCAACUGCAUUGAAUGCACUAAAAAAUAGACAGUAAAUGUGAAAAUAAAUAAUACCACCAACUACAUUCUUGCACAACAUUCCACCCUGCUUAUAUUGGGUAUCUGCUGGUUGAUUUUGGAUAGUGGUGUUCUGUAUUGUGUGUUCUAUUGUUUGAUGCUUUGAUACACAACUUUUCUUAUUAAAUCCAGGAAGCUUCCACAGCUUUCCUCAGCAUUUACACAUACUAUUGACUCAAGCCUCCAGUGAGUUCUUCUCCCCAUCUUGUCACAAAACACCAGUAGUACCCCACAGAAGCCAUGGAGGGUAGCACUGAAGAGGACUCACAACCAAAAGAUCGGGGCGGAGCGGUGCCCACAGCCAUGGCCAGCGAGCUGGGCCAGCUGCCGGUGACGCUGGCCAACGUCCGUGAAGCGAUCCGCCAGCUGUAUGGCUCAGCGAACCCGGAGGCCAUGCAGGCGGCCAGCCGCUGGCUGACGGACGCCAAGGUGUCGCCACAGGCUUGGGACUUCGCCUGGGAGCUGCUCACGUCUGACAAGAGCUCGGCCGAGCAGUUUUUGGGCGCCUCGUUCCUGCGGGACAAGAUCCGCGAGCACUGGGAAGAGUUGCCGCCGGAGCAGGCGGUGCCGCUGAAGGCGCGCCUCCUGGAGAGCACCGUGGCCGCCCAGACCAAGCAGGACUCGUGCUCGCGCACGCUCAACGAAGCGCUGGCGGCGCUGGCGGUGCAGCUGACGCCGGAUGUUUGGCCAGACGUGGUGCCCGACCUGACGCACACCUGCCAGGCGCUGGGCGACGCCCACCUGGGCGCGCGCGUCCUGCUCAGCGUGCUCACCGAGCUGCCGAACGAGCUUAACAAAUGCCACAUCAGUACAACAAAGCGAGCGGUGGUAAAAGAAAGCUUAAAGAAACACAUUCCGCACGUGCUGGACCUGGUGCUGAAUCUGCUGAAGCAGGGGCCCAGUGAGCAAGUGGCCAGCCGCUGCAUGGAGCUGCUGGCCUCCUGGGUGGAGCUGGAGGUGCUCGGCUCCGACCUGCUGCCCAUUCUGGACCUGGUGCUGGUGCCGUUUGUCGCCUCGCCGGCUCUGAUCAGCGUCACGUUGGACAUGAUGGACAGGGUGGUGACUAGUCCUUUCAACUACAACUACCCCAGCACAGUGAUGCAGCUGGCCAGCCGUGUGCUCACGUUGGCGCCGUUCAUCAAACAGUUCGUCAGUGAAAAGGAGCCCGAGUCUCUGGUGGCGCUCGGCAACGUGUUCACUUCGCUGGUGGCGUCUCACUCGCGCACGUUCGUGUCUGCGCUGGCCGGGCCCAGCGGCGAGCAGGCGGAGAUGGCCCGCCGCACUGUCGCCGCCAUCCUCGAGCUGGCCUCCGUGCCUGGCCGCUAUCCCACCGACGAGACCGUCUCCGAGCUCACGUUUGGCGUCUGGUACACGCUGCAGGACGACAUCCUGGCGUCAGACGAGCACCAGGCCAUGCUGACCGAGCAGCUGCACCCCGUCUACAGCUCGCUGCUCAACGUGAUGGUGCAGAAGUCGAUGCUGCCCAGGGACCCGGGCGAGUACAGCUCGGACGAGGCCGAAGCAUUCCGCCGCUACCGCCAGGAUAUCCUCGACUUUUAUACGUACACCCAGUCGCUGCUGGGCGACUACAUCCUCAACUCGUUCAUCAUCUACCUGCACGGCGCCAUGCAGGCUGUGCGGGAGGACCCGGGCGCCUGGCCGGCGCUGGAGUCGGUGCUGCACGGGCUGACGGGACUGGGCGAGUCCUGCGACGACGACCUGUCGGUGGCGGACAGCAUGCGGACCGUGCUGCUCACCCUGCCCGAGAUACCCUACAGCAACAACAAGAAACUCAUGUCGGCGGCGCUCAAGCUGAUCGACUCGAACAGCCCGUGUCUGGACCUGCACCCGGAUUGUCUGGACAAGCUGCUGCCGAUGCUGCUGGCCGGCCUGGCGGACGCGGAUGUGGCGCUCUACUCCACCAUGGCGCUCAAGGACAUUUGUCAGGAGGCGCCGCACUCGAUGGCGCCGCACGCCGCUCCCGUCCUGGUCGCCUGCAAGGAUGUUCUGCAGGGCGGCCGGCUGUCGGGUCGGGAGUGUGUGCGUCUGAUGUACGUUGUCGGCGCUCUCCUUCGCUUCGUCGCCGACCAUCAAGAGCGACUCAAAGGCAUGGACGACAUCGUUAGGCCAUUCGUCCAGGAGUUCAAACAACUGCUGGACGAAAAAAGCUCGCAGAAGGUGGUCAGCAACAAGAGUCUGCUGGUCGUGCGCGUCAAUAUGUUCGCCUCGCUAGCGUCAUCGCUCUGCUUCGAGGAGCCGGAGCAGACGGCUGGCCAGUUUGUGCACCCGCUGCUGCUGCUGCUGCGGGAGACGCUUCCCUCGCUGCUCGUGCUGGCCUCGUGCAGCGCCGAGGACGAGGUCAUGGCAGAGUGCAUCUGCCAUUUCCUGCAGCGCACCAUGGCCAGCCUGGGCGACGGCAUGGAGCCGUUCGUCGACCCGGCGCUCACCGUACUCAGCACGCUCUACUCGAAGGAGCCGCACCCGCAGGUCCUCGACCUGGUCCGGCAGAUGCUGCUGACGUUCCGGCUGGAUGGUCCGCUGGGCCCGGUGAUGCAGGCCGUGUUCGGCCAGGUGUGCGCCGGCAGUCUGCGCUACUUCGCCGGCGACCUCGGACGCUUUCCCGAGGCGCUGGUCAAGUUCCUCGAGGUUCUAGCGCAGCUGAUGAAGAAGCAGUCGGUGUACAUUGCGGGCGUGACCGCUCAGCUGAACGACUUGUUCCUGCUCGCCUGCGAGUGUGUGUGCCAGUCGGACCGGCGCGUGAUGCGCUCGGCCGCGUCUUUCCUGGCGCAGUUCGCCGCCAAGGCCGCCGACAGCCAGCUGUUCGCCUCCACUCUGGACCAGGGCGGCGGCCGGCUCGUCUCUAACCUGCUGCGAGCGAUCGGCGGUGCGGUGCCGCGGGACUGCGUGGACCACACGGCCGACGUACUACUGGCGCUGAACCGAGCCAACGCCGGCCAGCUCAGCCGGUGGCUGGCCGCCAUCUUGGCCCAGGACGCCUUCCCCAGCCGGAGAGUCACCUCAAGCGACAAGAAGGCCUUUAUUAAACACGUGCUCCAAAACCGCAACAACAAGACGUUCCUGCGCAGCAAGAUAGCCGUGUUCAGUCAGCAGUGCCGCGGUCUGCACGGCACCGAGUACGCGGCGGCUACACUCAACACGGCCGGCUGAGCGUCGCGUCCGAGCCGGCCAUCAGCUGCGCACGGCCGCCGCUGCC